AUGGUCAGCCAGGACCUCGUACUGGAUCGGGAUGUCCGGGACUGGGUGCUGAUCCCCCUGACCGUCAGUGUGAUCCUCAUGAAGCUCCUGCAGCAGUACGCAGUGAAGCUCAUGGCCGCACCCAAGCCCAGCGAGCCACCAAAGCCGGAGGACGUGCAGCAGAAGAACACUCUGGCCCGCAGCGGCCUCCUCCGUGCCAACCACGGCUUCAUCUCGGAGGCGGGAUUCCGCCAGCGCCGAGCUUAUUUUGCUGGCAAGGAGGGGGUCCUGCAGCAAACCUUCCCCGCCAAGGGUCUGAACGACAUGAUGGGGAACCCAGACGCUAUGCAAGGCAUGCUCAAGCAGCAGAUGGGGGGCCUUGUGCCACAGAUGGGCAUGGGUGCCUUUGUCAACUACUUCUUCUCCGGCUUCAUCCUGGGCAGGGUCCCAUUCUCCCUUUCUCCCAAGUUCCGGCCCAUGCUCCAGCGCGGCAUCGACCUGCCCGCCCUGGACCCCUCCUACUUCACCUCCCUGUCCUUCUACAUCAUGGCCCUGUUUGGGCUGGGGGGCGUGUUCCGCCUCAUGUUUGCGGAGGACGCGAUCAACGACGCCGCGCAGAUGGCCCAGAUGCAGAUGGGCGGGAUGGGCGGCGGCGGCCCGCCCACCCUGGACCCGGCCAAGGCUUACGAGGCCGAGCGGCAAGCGCUGGACGUGGUGGAGUAUCGCUCCCGGCUGGAGAACUCUGAGCUGAGGAGCCUGAAGCUGCUGCGUGCCCAACUGGCCGCCUGA